AUGGCUGACGACAUCAAAACUGCCAUCGAGAAAGUGUUAGGAGAUAAAAGAUAUAUUACCAGGGCGCAAGAACUGUCAAUGGUUUACCACGACAGACCCAUAUCUCCACAGAAAGAGAUUGUCCACUGGGUUGAACACGUUGUCAAAACCGGUGGGGCGCGGCACCUUAGGUCUCCGGCUCUGGUCGUUCUUUGUAUACCUAACCUGGUCAAUGAUUAA